CGGGACCAUCUGCGGUCCCGUCCCCGGGGGAGGGAGGAGCCGCCCCGGGCCCCGCCGCGGCGGCCGCCCGAGUCUCGCGAGAACGGGCGCUGCCGCCGCCAUGGAGCCGCCGGUGCGCGGCCCGCCGGGGCUGUCGGCCGUGCUGGCGAGCACGGACUGGUCCGAGCCCUGGCUGCUGGGGCUGGCCGCCUUCCACCUGCUCUGCUUGCUGCUGACGUGCGCGUCCCUGCAGCACCGCCGCGUGCAGGUCGGGCACUUCCUCUGCAUGGUGGGCUUAGUGUACUGCGCUGAAUAUAUCAAUGAAUUAGCAGCCAUGAAUUGGAGGCUCUUUUCUAAAUACCAAUACUUUGAUUCAAGAGGAAUGUUUAUUUCACUUGUCUUUUCAGCACCACUGCUGGUGAAUACUAUUAUAAUUGUGGUCAGCUGGGUUUACAGAACUUUGAAUGUAAUGACUGAACUAAAGAUGCUACAGCAGAGAAGGAAAGUAGAAAAAGAGAAAAAGAAGUGAAAGUGCCAGACUUUUUCUUUCUUCAGUUGUAAUAAUUUCUGUCUGGGUAAUCAGUCCUUCUGUAUGGCUAUGCAGGAACAGAAGUAUUUUUGUGUCCAGUGUCAAGAGUACUUUGUAAUUGUGGCUGUGGACAUAGAGGUGAAAGCAGGUAUUUACAGUACAUUUGAAUUGGCUGUGAAAUUAUGAAACCAGUCUUAACAAGUCUUUGUGCCCUUCGGUGUGUGAUUGUUUUCCUCCAUGACCAAGGCUGUUAGUAUUGAUGAGACACAAUCUUCCAGUUUCCAUUUGCCUCUGUGUUUUUUUACUGUGUCUUUAUUCUGUACUUAUCAAGUAUCAGUUAUUCUGAUGCUUAAGCAAAUUGGAGCUGUGUUGUGAAUUACAGUAAAUGAGAGAUUUCAUUCAGAAUAACUCAGGAAUCUAUGCUUCUGUGAAGCACUUCACUUCUUUAUAAAUCAAGUUUCAUACUUUCUGUGUGUACUGUGUGCCAGUGGCAUUUUAUAAAUAAAACUAUCCAUUCACUGUGUCUUAAA